AUGUCCGUCAAUUCCGAAUUCAACUCUCGCGUCUAUCCAAUCAAACGGACUAUUCAAUUGGAGGUCGACGAUAUUCAGAGCUUGAGGGGUGUGCGAUACGGAAAUACGCAUCAAAUCGGAACAAGUAAAUGGUAAAUUGUAACAGUCAUUCAGAAUAAAUUGAUGUUGUUUAGGCGCAUUGAAGUAAAAUCGGAAUGCUCAGAGAGAACUGACAAUCAAAAGUAUUUGAGUGUCUAUCUCCUUUGUCUUUCUGAAAUCAAACAAGGAAAAACAGUACACGUAUCUGAUUCAUUUCGUUUGAUAAAUUUGAAUGAUCACAAGAGUCACAGUGCUGUCAGGAGUAGUGCAAGUCAAUUCACCAAAGAGGACAAAUCUUUGGGAUAUCACAAGUUUCUGAAAUGGAAUGAGAUCGAAAAGUAUUCGAAAGACGGAAAGAUUCUGGUGGAAUGUACUGUUGAACUGCAAUCAGAGGACGGAAUUCCGAGACGGACUCUUGAUUUUGAGAAGGAGAGACCGAAUACUCAAGAUAAAAUGAUUAUUCUCAAAAAUGAAAGCGACGAUGUAAGAUUUACAAAGAAUCAUCCCUACUUUCACAUUAAAAUGAUUGCAGAACGGUUCGAAUUACGGUGAGAAAAUGGAAUUCACCGUGAAUAUUAAUCAAGUUACAAACGAUGACCAACUCACCGAUUCAGUCACAAUCAAUGGACUGCCAUGGUAUUAUUUUCCAGUUUCCCGUGUUCUAUACAGAUUUUUAUUUUCAGCAAACUAUCCUAUAGAAAGUAUGACUAUUAUGGCGUUACUUAUAUGGAAGUGUUCUUGUACAUAAACUCGGACGACAAGAGUGACUGGUGGAUGUGUGAAGCUAAAGCCGAUUUCCGAAUUGCCAGCUCGACGGGAAUACAAUACUCGAGAAGCAUUGAUGUUUCUUGGUUCAACAAGUCGUCGCCAAACCGGGGAUUUCCCAAAUUCAUCGAAUGGAAUAAACUAAUCGAUCCCGUGAACGGAUAUGUGAAAAAUGGAAAAUUCGUUCUGGAAGCAUACGUUCAAAUUAAUCGUAUUCUGGGAAUUGAUGAGAGAACAGGAAAAGGAAUUGAUAGCCGAAUGCGGAAAAUGACGGAUGUUGUACUCGUGAUUGAGGGAAAGCAGUUGCACGUAUCCAAAAAGGUAUGCUAUUACUCAUUCCUGAUUAUUUUGCUAAAGUGAUUGCUUUCAGAUUCUUUCUCACCAAUCGGCUGUUUUUGCACAAAUGUUCGCGUCAUCUUCAAGAGCUCAUCAUGAAAUACGAGAUGCCAAACUCGAAGAUUUUGUUCGAUUUCUGGAACUCGUCUAUAAUUAUGACACGGACAUUUCAGGUGAACAUUGGAAGAAUACUUAUUACCGACUGUUGAUCAUUUUCAGAGGAGAACAUUGAAAGAGUACUCAAACUCAUCGAACACUUCAAGGCUCCCGAGUGUUUCGAGCGGUGCGAUGUCAUUGUGAAGAAGAUGGAAUUCAAGGAUACGAUGAAAAUGUUGCACUUGGUGGAUACGUACCCGCUGCCAGAACUGAAGAAAGUGUUUCUGCAUAAACUAAAAGAUGAGGCGUUGUUGCAAUCAGUUAUUGCAACUCCAAAGUACACGGAAUUGAGUGACGGAAUGAGGCUGGCAGUACUGGAAUGGAAAUUUGUGCCGAAGGUAAGCAUUAACUUUGCUGCAGUAUCUGAUUAAAAACUGUUGCUCAGGAGUAUUGUACACGAGUAAGAGAAGUCAGUGACUAUCUGUUCCGCACUGAUUUCGAAGAGAAAACUGAUUUGACUGAUGUGGAGAUCGAAGUGGAGGAUUACACGUAUUAUGCGAGUAAACAAGUGGGCCUAGUUUCAAUCAAUUCUGUUCAAUCUUCAAUCAUUCUUCAUUCAGAAACUCGCCGAUGCAUCUCCACAUUUUAUGAAACAGUUUUAUGGUCUAUAUUCUAGAGAUGUACCGAAGAUCGAACUAUUCAAUGUUCGUCCGUUGCAAUUCGAGAAACUGCUGACUCACAUCUACCAUCCGACCAGACCAGUUGCCAGUGAGUUCGAAUUGUAUCAUUUAUUACUACAAGAAUGUAAUUGUCAGAUGGGAAUGUGGAAAAUCUGCUUGAGAUGGCACAACAAUACAAUGUCCCAAAAGUGAUGGAUAAAUGUGAGGAGUACUUGGUUCUCACACAUGAAAUGUCUCUGAUUGACAAGUUGCAAUACGCGGGAAAGUACGAUCUUCCAUUAUUAUUGGUAUUUCCACAACUCCCAAUCAGCUCCAAAUAGUUUUCCGAUUCAGGAAUCUUGUUUGAAGUCGAUGUCAGACGAGAGUGCGUUCAAGGAAGUCACCGAGCACUUCAAGUUCUCCCAACUUCCCGCUCGUAUUCAUUCGGAAAUGAUGAAGAGAAGAAUGGCGAGCAACCUGUAG